AUGGGUGGUUUUGACGAUCAUGGUGGGAUAAUUGGCGAUUGGAUGCCUUCGAGCCCUAGCCCUAGGUCUUUUUUUGCAGUUGUGUUGGGGGAUGAUCCUGGUUCAAGAUCAGUACCCGACCCUCCAAAAAACGAUACCAAUAACGACACCGGGUUCACUUUCCCUGGACCAAAUCCCCAAAUCGGGUCUGAAAAUUGCGAUGCGACAAAAUCAAGUGAGUUUGGUGAUCAAAAAACGAGCUCAAGGGCACCUCUUGUUGAAAGAAUGGCAGCUAGUGCUGGUCAUAAUGCUCCUAGGUUGAAUACAGAGAUUAUAAAAUCUUCUGAUAAUUCACAAACUCAACAAUCUCCAUAUUUAUUUUCACCUGGUGUUAGCCCAACUUCUUUUCUGGAAUCACCUGUUUUCCUUUCCAACUCAUUGGUUCAACCAUCUCCAACUACUGGAAAGUUCCAAUUUGUUCCAAAUGGUAAUGGUAGAAGCUCCAUGAUGUUCUUGGAUUCCUCUAAUAGGGUAUUCCUUUUCCCCAACAUGAAAAAUCCAAAUAAAAAGAUUCUAGACUUGGAGCUAUGGACUAAAUCUGCAAAAGAAACCAUGGACCCUGAACUCAUUGACUUUGUUGACUGGCAGAAGGUGGCUGAAAAAAUGGCUUUCUUACGUCUUGUUGAAGUCAAACUUGUUCCCAUGUCCUUGGAAGGCGUUGCCUUUAGGACUAAAGUCCUUGACACAGAUGAACUCAUGAACUAUACUAGCUUGAUUGCAGAGCACAAAAAGGAAACCAUGGAAGCACUUGAUGCUUCAGGGUAA